AUGAGAGAAAGCCGGGAUAAUUGCUCUUUAUGCGAGAAUGUAUUAGGAGAUGAAGAACGAGUAGUAACUGGUGAGAAAGGGGCUGAAGGAGUCAACCGGACCAGCUUUGGAAGAGGUGAUAGGAUCGUUGUAUGUUCUGAGACUGUGGUGCACAAAAAAUGUCGCAUGAAUUACAUCAAUAAGAAGCAAAUAGAUUUGUAUAAGAAGGCAAAGUUCAACAAGCCGUCCCUACCUGUCAAACGAAGUGCACGCGCUUCUAUUGGGCCUUAUGACAGCAGGACGCAUUGUUUAUUCUGCGGAAAUGAAAUAGUAAAGGCAUCAAGUAGUGGCGUAUAUUCUGAAGAAUACAGCUGUGUUAAAACAGAUACAUUUGUGGAAACAGUCUUGUCGCAUUGUAAACAGCGUAACGACGAUUGGGCAUUUACUGCUCAAGGGAGAAUAGAAUACUUUGGAAAGGAUUUGCAUGUUGCAGACAGUCUGUAUCAUCGGUCAUGUGACAUUCAUUUUCGCACAAAUAGAGGUAUUCCCAUGCAGUACCAAGUUGGAUUUACUGAAAAGAUCAGAGGUGUGUUGUUGUGCACACUUCAUGUUAAAUGUAUGGAAAAUUCCCAGUCCGGUCAUACAAUGGUUCGGAAAAUACAAUGGUUUUGUCAGCAAGGCGAGGGUUUCUACAUGCAUAUAUUUUCUAGUAUAUUUAAUAUUUCAUAGUAUUUUGUGCAUACAGAAGUUCAAUGUUAAAUAUUUUUACAAUAAUUUGAGGAAUGGAAUAUUGCAGCAUAUACUACUGUAUUCUAUUUACAUGCCUUUGUAAUUUUGUUUGUAUAGGAAUAAAUAAGUGUAUGGGUAAAUAUCAGGAUUUUGGGCACCUACACUCAAUAUAACUAAUCGUCGAUAGUAUUUGUAGAUGGAAAUUUCGUGAAUUUUAUACAUUGAUUAAACCUAACCAGGAGCUGCAUGUUGCCUUGCGAUUCGGGUGCAGCCCUCUAAUCAACUGAGCUUCUGAGGUCAGCUGUCAAGCUCUAACCGCAAGUUCAUGUACAGUAUGUAUACUAAAUUGAUGCCAAUGUAAGGUGUAUAGGCAAAUUUCCAUCCAUAAAGUGCAUCUAUAAUUCGUAAUAUCAAGUGUAGGUGCCCAAAAUCAUACGGAAAUGCAUUAGUCUUCAAGUUGCACACGGGCAUUUACACUAUCAUAACCAAUCAAAUAAAAUGCCCGGGUGUGUUCCGGGGGGGGGAUGGUUACUCCUGGAAUUGACUCAUGCAUUAGAGAAAUGUUCCUUGUUAUUUUUGCUAUUUGUAAUAAACUAAUUGUGUUCUUUGCCACAGGAACCAAUUUUUGAUAACUAAAUUAUAUUUUGAUAUUUACUGUUGUAUUUUCUAUGUAGAUGCAUAA